GUGGAGAUGACGUCAGUGCCGGCCGCGUUCGGCCGGGGUGCCGUGAGCCGCCGGGAUGCACAGGCGCGGGGUGGGCGCAGGUGCCAUCGCCAAGAAGAAGCUGGCGGAGGCCAAAUACAAGGAGCGUGGGACGGUUCUGGCGGAAGACCAGCUGGCGCAGAUGUCUAAACAACUGGACAUGUUUAAGACUAACUUAGAAGAGUUCGCUAGCAAACACAAGCAAGAGAUUCGUAAAAAUCCCCAAUUUCGAGUCCAGUUCCAGGACAUGUGUGCAACGAUUGGGGUGGAUCCAUUGGCAUCUGGAAAAGGCUUCUGGUCAGAGAUGCUGGGAGUUGGAGACUUUUACUAUGAGUUGGGCGUUCAGAUUAUUGAGGUCUGUCUAGCUCUAAAGCACAGAAAUGGAGGUCUCAUAACACUGGAAGAGCUUCAUCAGCAAGUGCUGAAGGGAAGGGGGAAGUUUGCUCAGGAUGUCAGCCAGGAUGAUCUCAUUCGUGCAAUCAAGAAACUGAAAGUUCUGGGCAGUGGCUUUGGGAUUAUUCCUGUUGGAGGAACAUGCCUAAUCCAGUCUGUGCCAGCUGAACUGAACAUGGAUCAUACAGUGGUUCUGCAGCUGGCAGAGAAAAAGGGGUAUGUAACAGUCAGUGAGAUCAGAUCCAGUUUGAAAUGGGAGGUGGAACGAGCCAAACAGGUGCUGUUUCAGUGGCAGCUCCUGGGAACAACUUACAUACAAUCUAUUUUGACAGGAACACUUGCUGAAAGAAGGCAUGGCCUGGCUUGAUGCACAAGCCCCAGAAGAAUCCCAGUACUGGUUACCAGCUCUCUUUACAGAGCUCUACUCUCAGGAAAUCACGCCAGAGGAAGCCAAGGAGGCAAUACCUUGAUUCCUGAG